AGCAGCAAUGGCGGGCGCUCGUGUCGUAAAAGUAUAGUAAUGCAUGAACAACAAAACGAAUUGAAUCGUCAGGAGGUAAAAGGAAAACUGAGAAGACUGGAAUUAGAAGCUUACUCGGCCGUAGUGUAUUCGUUGAGAGCACAGGGAAAUUUUGACGAAGAGAAGAGACAACUUCUCACAUUGCUGCGUCAACACCUAGGUGUGUCUGAAGAAAGACAUAAAGCUGAAAUACGACGAGCUGUCAAUGACGAAGAGUUGGAACGAAUAGCAGACAAACUAAAUGGAGAAGAUACUUCUACAGGUUGGUCUGAAGAAGGAAGACGACCUUGUCCAUUUUCACGACCCCGUGUGGUACCUGUAAAGCACUUGCAGAAUCUUAUCAAUAGUGGAGUGGCUACUGUCACUGCUAGUGUUGCAUUGGGAUUGGCAGAUCUACCAAGAAAUGAAGCAGAGUCUCCUACUAGGUCUUCACAGUUGCAGACAUCAGGAUUAUUUGGACUACAGCUCUCCUCAUCAAAAGCAACAAUGAGCAGCUCAAUGUCUGUAGCUGUAGCUAAAAUUUUAGAGUCCAGUGCCAAUGCUCACAGUGAAGUAUGUGGUUUAGAUGCAGCAGAGUCACACAGGAAGGAGAUCACAAGGCCAACACGACAAGGAAGAAGACGGGGAACAAAGAGAAAAUACGCAUCUCAUAAAACUGUAGUCAGUACAAGUGCUAUAUCUCCAUGUGAAACUGGUUAUCAGUCAUCUCAAUAUGAAGCAGCUAGUGCCUUCAACAAGAAGCUUGUGACCUGUUUAAGAGCAGUAGAUACUCAAACAUUUGGAAACAAGCCAUUUGAGUUAACGAAGUCAAUGCCUGUAUCAGUGUCUAUGAGUCAGGAAUCUGAACUUCCAGUCUCUGUGUCACUGACUCCAGUUGUCUUUCACACUAGCGGUUACUCUUCACCUGUGCCAUCCGUGGCAGUUGUGACCACUACGUCAACAGUGACCUCGCUUGGUAUUCAUACAACCACAACAACAAGGGCAACAACGAAGGUAUUAGGGUCAUUGUCUAUCAACAGGCCUUCAUGUGCAGUGUCUCUCACACCGCCAACCGUUUCACAAGUUCGGUUUAUGUGUCCAGUAACUGCAAUACAACAUGAAAGUACAUUACAGUUAACUCAGUCAUUGUCAGAUAUGAAAAGUAGUAUCCCUCGUGUCACUUCUUCCUCCGUAUUGUUGACAUCUUCUUUCUUAAAACAACUGCCAGUUACUACUUCCAAGCCAUUGUACUCUCAAUCUGUUCUUUCUAGACAAGCUUUAACUGCUACUACAUCAUUAUUGUCUUGUCCUAGCCGUCUUUCUGUUACAUCUAGUCUAAAUUCAAAUGUGUCAUUAGAGAGUUGGGUGUCAUGUGCUGUACCCGCUAACCCAGCUACAACAGCAUCCACAACCACUACAGCUCAACUAUUUUCUGGCACUUUGGUCAAUCAGCAAUCACUGAGAACAUUAGGAAAUGUCUAUGUCAUGAGUAGCAGUGAUGGGCAACCAGGGAGAGCAAUUCUUUUGCCACAUCAUGGUACAUCAACAACUCCAUCUGCUUUCUCUCUCAUUCCCCUAUCUGCAGCCAACAUUGUACCAUCUCAACCACUUCCCUCAUCUCAUACGCCACUUUCAGGAGUCAAUUUGUCAUCACUUAGUCAUUCUGACUUGACUACAUCCACAGUUUCUAAGUCUGUACAGGCUAUUUCUGCAUGCUGUGCUGGUGCUCCUUUAGUGAACAAUUUUCAGUCUGUUACAACUCGUAGUAUUAGCAAAGAACAAGUUGUGUUGCCACCUGCUAGUGGACAGACAGGUACUUGUCAGGCAGGAGCAGCUGAUUUUACUGAAACAGGCAGUCCUGACAGUGAAGUAACCCAAGCUGCAAAAGAACUUGUAAGGCUUCAGACUGGCAGUGGAUCUUCAAGUGACAGCACGACUGCAUUACUGCUUCGUAACCCAUCUCUGUUAGAAGCAACAACAACAUUGCUGUCCCUUCAGACUAGUGCUGUAGCACCUGCCAGCAGAGUAGUCAGCGAUCAUGAUAAAAGCAAGAACCAAGAACAUGCAGAAAUGUGCCACGAUGAUGAAGAAACAAUACCUUUGCAAAUGGAGCGAAAAGAGGCAACUGAGCAACAACAGCAUGCUGCACUUCACAUAGGAGAGUGUGGUGCUGCACAAGAGCUUAAACAGGACAUGCUGAAAACUAGUAACAAUAGUCACAUGUCUGCACAGGAAGUGUUGAGGUUUGGGGAAACAAGUUCUUUGGAAGUAAGAGAGGAUAACAGCAGUACAGGCAAAGGGGAGGAUGAGUUGGUAGUUCAGUCAUUCAGUGAGGCAUCUACUGUGAUCAGUCCGUCAGUGGUGUCUGCCAGUUCAGGCCGUGUGAUAGCAAGUUUGCCUGACCAGCUCUUUUGCAAAGGUGAAGGAAAUCUAAAGAACAUGACUCCUACACUUACAACUGCAACAGCCACAUCAAUUGUCCCAUUUGUUCUCACGACAACUACCAGUGCUGGUAUUCAUACCGCACACUCCUUGUACUCAACAUCAUCAAGCUUGGGUUCCCUUUGUUCUCAAGAAUCUACUGAAGGUAGUAGUCAACAAACUGGUUCCUGUUCACCUCAUUUGUUGAGCUGUCAUACUUUACAACCAGCUGCUCAAACUCCAAACCAAUCAGCUUGCCUAACUACGCUAGGUUCAGCAGUACAGCAUAAAAAAGUAGGGCACAGCUUGGCAGUAGUGACACCUCAUCUAACGUCUGAUUUAUUUGCUAAACAACAAGGUUUUACCACUCCAUCUAGUAGUCCUACAUUAAGGCAGCUUUCAAGUACAAGGCAAGAUACAAGCUUGCGACCUUUCCCAGUGGUCUCAACAUUACUGCCAUGUAGUGGUACAAUAAUUUCUACACAAUCACCACUGACACAACCUAGUUGGUCUAUGCCACAGGGUGUUUUAGUUUCUUCAUGUACAUCACAUAGUCACACUGGAGCCAUUCACUUAAGAAUUCAAGGCAGCACAGUAACUGCACAACAGUCAGUUGCAACAUCUCUUUCAGGCAGUGGAACCUCUUCACAAGCUGUUGUAACUACUGGAAAUACCCAACAAAACAGAGUUCAGCCUAUUUCAUUACGGCCAUCCUCUUUAUCAGCUCAUGUUACUCCAGUUGCUUCUCAGCCUGCAUUUUCAGAUGUUCAUAGUAUGUUGGAUGUGUUUAGGGACAUGACAACAGACUCACAGUUGCAAGAUGAGUCUGACGCAGAUCAGUUGAAAUCAAUUAUUGAUGAAUUGGGUGUCAACUUAGAUGACCCUGAGUCAUUCCUGUCAAGUGACCAUCUUUCAUUUGAAGCAUCUUUAGACCCUGAUAUUUUAUCAGAUGUUUUUGCUGCUAUAUCAGCUGCUGAUACAACAGUGUCUCACUCGUCAUCCUCUCUUUUUGCAUCAGUUUCAUCUCUAACAAAUGAACUAACCGUUACAAGGAACCUACCAGUGUCUUCAUUUGACCAACCAUAUACACACAGUCAUCAAACUCACAGAGACAGCAACCAAGGAGGAAACAAAGGUAGAGGGAAGAGACCUAGUCAUCUGGAGAGGUCAGUGUCAUACUCAUAUCCAACAACCAGACCAGCAAACAUCAUCACAACGAGACGAAGCUCAGCAGCAGCUUCACUGACAGAUCACUCAGAUGGAGAUGAUAGCUCAGGACUACGACACAGCAAACGAAAACGCAAGCUGACCGCAGUUAUGACAGAUGAUCCAUACCCUGCUCCAAGAACCGAAACAAUUACUGUACCAUCAUGGAUUAAGGCUGCUCUUGCUUUGAUGUAUCGUGUAUGUCGUGUGCGAGGUUCUAAUCGGCCUAAAAGUGAAGCAAGUGCUUCAUCUUGGUUUCUUGAUCCCAUUGAUUUGAAUGAGGUUCCUGAUUAUUGUGAUAAAGUAAAACAUCCAAUGGACUUUACAACAAUAAAAAAGAAGUUAGAGGCUGGCCUCUAUAGUCAUUACUCACAAUGGAAUGCUGACAUGCAACUUGUACAGCAGAACUGUUACACAUACAACCCUCCUGGACACAUCGUCAGAAUAGAUUGUGAUGAGGUUUUUCGCUUCUACAAUGCAGCAUAUGAAAAGUUGGUUGAAAGGUGGCAGAGAACACCAGAACUGAUUGAGAAGACAACUACUUUACAGAGACCUGUUGAAUGCUGAAAGACGAGUGUUUCUGAAUGACUGGUGAAUAAGCUCUCUUGUGGAUGCAAGGAUAUUUCAAAGGACACCAGAUGAUCAGAUGAAAGACACCAAACAUAUUGUAGUACCUGCUUUGGACAAAGUAAAUAGUGCAUUGUUG